AUGGCGUCCAACAGCAACAACAUGCCCGGGAGGCCCGUGGCGGGUCCGCCAACUUUGGGCAAUGCCGGGAUGGUGACAUCGUCCCCGGGAAUGAACCAGCCGCCACAUCCCCAUUCAGCCUCGCAGCCGCAGGCGUCUGUUGCCUCCCCGUUCCAGAAUCUGUUCCAGUCAUCCCUUCAGUCCCAGUCCCAGGCCUCCCAGGUUCUUGGCCAUGCUCACCUCAUGGCGGUGCAGUCCCAGAACCAGACGCAGGUGCAUAGCCCGUUUCAGGUACGGAUGCAGCCUCAGGCUCAGAAUUCUCCUCUAGGUAUUAUCGGAGGUGCCUCGUCUCCCUCCUUUUCAACCCCCGGUUCUCUAGGAAUAAAACGGCCGAUGCAGAAACCACCAGUCCGCCCACCUGUACCACCUAUGAGCAACAUGAGCCCCAUUUUCAAGACUGCCGAGUUGACCCCAGCUGCGCGGAGGAAGAAGCAGAAGUUGCCCGAGAAGCAGCUGCCCGACCGGGUGGCGGCCCUCCUCCCUGAGUCUGCCCUCUACACUCAGCUGCUAGAGUUUGAGGCUCGGGUGGAUGCUGCGCUUGCGAGGAAGAAGAUUGACAUCCAAGAAGCUUUGAAGAGCCCUCCUUGCAUCCAGAGGACUCUAAGAGUCUACGUUUUCAAUACAUUUGCCAAUCAGAUGCGCCCAACUCCCGAGCCAAAGAAUCCUGAGCCACCUUCGUGGUCGUUAAAGAUUAUUGGAAGGAUACUGGAAGACGGAGUUGAUCCUGAUCCUGUUGGGGGCCUCCCAAAGCCGAACCCCAUGUACCCAAAGUUCUCUGCUUUCUUCAGAAGGGUCACCGUCACGUUGGACCCAAAUCUAUACCCCGAAAACCCAACAAUCAUCUGGGAGAAUUCGCGAUCGUCUGCACCUCAGGAUGGCUUCGAGAUUAAGAGAAAAGGUGACAAGGAAUUCACCGCAGGUAUACGCCUUGAGAUGAACCAUAUACCCGAGAAGUUUAAGCUUUCACCCCCUCUGAUGGAAGUUCUUGGAAUCGAGGUUGACACUCGUGCACGAGUUAUAGCUGGGAUUUGGCACUACGUUAAGGCUAGGAAAUUGCAGAAUCCAAGCGAUCCUUCUUUUUUUGCUUGUGAUCCGCCUUUGAGGAAAGUGUUUGGGGAGGAGAAAAUGAAAUUUGCCUUUGUCUCACAGAAGAUUUCUCAACAUUUAUCAGCUCCACCGCCCAUACAUUUGGAGCAUAAUGUUAGAUUGUCGGGCAAUGGUGCUGUUGGCAAUGCUUGCUAUGAUAUCCAGGUGGACGUUCCUUUUCCCCUGCAAAAGGAAAUGGCAGCUUUCCUUGUGAGCACUGAAAAACACAAAGAGAUUGAACAGUGUGAUGAGCUUAUUUCUGCAUCCAUAAAGAAGAUUCACGAGCAUCGCAGGAGACGUGCAUUCUUUCUUGGGUUUAGCCAGUCACCUGUCGACUUCAUCAAUGCUUUAAUUACUUCACAGAGCAGAGACUUGAAACUUGUUGCCGGGGAAGCUAAUCGGAAUGCUGAGAAGGAACGCCGUUCGGACUUCUAUAGCCAACCAUGGUAUUCUUUUGCUUCUAUGUUUUCAUUUUUUGCUGUUUAGAUAGUUCGCAUGGGGAGAUUUCCACAAUCUGACUUGUUCCUUUGGCAAAUGAUCAGGGUUGAAGAUGCUGUCAUUCGCUAUCUGAAUCGCAAGCCAGCAUCGGGGAAUGAUGCUCCUGGGAACACGUGA